AAUUCUCUCUGGUGGUGGUAACAUUCGAUGAGCGUUUCGAUGUCACUCGUACAAGGUGGAGCUGCUGGCGGUGCACCCCAAGGUGCUAUUCUAGCUGCCGCCGCACCAUAUUAUCAGCCACCGGCUGUACCACAGGAUGUCCAGCCAGAUCGACCAAUUGGUUAUGGUGCUUUUGGUGUAGUAUGGGCUGUCACAGAUCCACGAGAUGGACGUCGCGUUGCAUUGAAAAAACUUCCAAAUGUUUUUCAGUCAUUGGUUUCAUCAAAGCGAGUUUUUCGUGAAUUAAAAAUGCUGUGUUUUUUCAAACAUGAAAAUGUCUUAUCGGCAUUGGAUAUACUACAGCCACCUCAUUUGGAUUUCUUCCAAGAAAUAUAUGUGAUAACCGAACUUCUUCAAUCAGAUCUCCAUAAAAUUAUUGUUUCGCCGCAACAUUUAUCUGCCGAUCACAUCAAAGUGUUCCUGUAUCAAAUUCUACGUGGUCUCAAAUAUUUACAUUCUGCCCGAAUACUGCAUCGUGACAUCAAGCCCGGCAAUCUGUUGGUCAAUUCCAAUUGUGUAUUGAAAAUAUGCGAUUUCGGGCUGGCACGUGUCGAGGAGCCCGACCAAACGAAACACAUGACCCAAGAGGUGGUGACACAAUAUUACCGGGCACCGGAAAUUCUAAUGGGUGCCCGACAUUAUUCAUCGGCGGUUGAUGUGUGGUCGGUGGGUUGCAUUUUUGGCGAACUACUCGGUCGCCGUAUACUCUUCCAAGCUCAAAAUCCUGUACAACAAUUAGAUCUCAUUACCGAAUUGCUGGGUACACCCUCGAUGGAGGAUAUGCGUCAUGCCUGUGGCGGAGCUCGUUCACAUAUGCUAAGACGUGCACCCAAACUGCCCUCAUUCUCAGCUCUCUAUACACUAAGUUCACAUGCCACACACGAAGCUGUGCAUUUGCUUUGUCAAAUGUUGGUAUUUGAUCCGGAUAAGCGUAUUUCAGUGACGGAUGCAUUGGCCCAUCCCUAUUUGGACGAAGGACGUUUACGUUAUCAUUCAUGCAUGUGUAAAUGUUGUUUCACCACACCGGCCGGUAUGCGGCAAUAUACAAAUGAUUUUGAACCAUCGGCCGGUCAGGCAUUCGAUGAUUUAUGGGAAAGAAAAUUGACAUCAGUACAACAGGUUAAAGAGGAAAUGCACAAAUUCAUUGCCGAACAAUUACAAACGGGACGUGUUCCACUGUGUAUAAAUCCACAAAGUGCAGCAUUCAAAAGUUUUGCCAGUUCAACAGUGGCACACCCUUCCGAAUUGCCACCAUCACCCCAUCAAUGGGAAUGACGGCAAAAUGAGGCCAUAGCAGCCUAAAAUUUUAAAUUUU